AUGCGGAAGAUGAGGAUUCCUAAGCUUCAGCUCGACUACGUCCUGGCGAAGAACAUUCCUCAGUCAGAUAUCCGAAAAUCUAGAGCUGUUUGGGACAUCACGUUCGACUCUGAUCACCGUCCAGUUCUUCUCGGCUUCAAGUUACGGUUCCACAAGAGAAACCGAGAAGUUUCUCUUCAACCGAAAAUCGACAUGGCAGGUCUGAAAGACGAUGAAUGCAGAACAAAAUUCCGCCAACGUGUGUCUAUUCCGUGUGGAGCACGGACCAGAAAGAAGCUUAGCGAUGCGGAUUCCUUCACAAAGUGCAUCCAGGACGCUGUAAGGGAAACGCUCCCGGUUCUAUUGCUGUGGAAGAAGUUUGCCUUUGCAUCUGCGGAAACAAAAUCCACACACAAUUCUGUAUGUGUUGCGCGCAACGCUGGUGACUUCAACCAGGAAAAGCGUCUUAGAAGGAAGCUGCGUCGUCAACUGCAACAAGACCGCGAUAGCGAGUGGACGUCAAGAACGAUGGAGUUUGAGAAGGCGUGGGAGGACAGGAACUCGCAGAAAGUUUAUGCUCUCUUAAAACAGUAUAGCGGCAGAAUGAAAAGAUGUUUCCCUAUCCCCAACACUGCCAAUGGGGUAGCUGUCGGUGAAGCAACCUUUCCAAUUUGGAAAGAACACUUCAAGACCUUGCUGAACCAGCUAGCACCGUCAGCUCCUAAACUCGAACACGUUCAUAGACCGACGUAUGCGGUUAACGGGGGGCCACCGACCGAGUCGGAGGUUCUUGUCCGUAUUCAAAAAAUGAAGAAUGGAAAAUCUGGUGGAGACGACAGGAUUAGCGCAGAAAUGCUAAAAUAUCUUCUUCCGUCUGUAAUCCGUGAGAUGACAAAGAUCAUCUAUUCAAUCAGAUGGACGAAAGGAUACCUGAAUCGUGGAGGCACGCUAUAA